AUGGGAACUCGGUUCCAGUCCUUCCUCGUGUUCUUGCUUUCAUGUUUGGUCUUUAUAUCCGCGGCCUUAGCAUCUGAGCAACAAGGCGAGGGAACGCUUAGAAUAGGAUUGAAGAAGAGGAAACUAGACCGGGCCAACAGGCUAGCUUCUCAGCUGUUGUCGAAAAACCGAGGAUCUUGGUCUCCCAAAGAUUAUGUCCGCCUGAGCGUUGCAAAUAGGGGCAUUGUUCCCCUGAAAAAUUUGGAUGCUCAAUACUAUGGUGAGAUUAGCAUUGGCACUCCACCUCAGAAUUUUACAGUAAUUUUUGAUACCGGAAGCUCCAAUCUCUGGAUACCAUCUAUUAACUGCCACUCGGUUGCGUGUUCUUCACAUUCAAAAUACAAGGCUAGGGAGUCAUCCACUUACACACCUAACGGAAAAGCUGCGUCAAUCAGCUAUGAAAGAGGUGCUAUUUCUGGUUACUUUAGCAACGAUAGUGUUAACGUUGGUGGUCUUGAGUUCAUAGAGGCUACUAGUGUGCCUGGUAUUACAUUCUUGUCAGGCAAGUUUGAUGGUAUCCUAGGGUUGGGUUUCAAAGAGAUCGCUGAAGAAGACACGACUCCAGUUUUGUAUAACAUGGUGGAAAGACUUCUGCUUAACGAGCACAUUUUUUCCUAUUGGCUAAACCCUAACCCAGAAGAACCAGAAGGUGGUCAGAUUGUUUUUGGCGGAGUUGACAUUAACCACUUCAAAGGAGAACAUACUUAUGUUCCAGUGACACAUAAAGGUUACUGGAAAUUCGACAUGGGUGAUAUCAACAUCGCUGGAAAACCAACAGGAUAUUGUGCUAAAGGUUGUUCUGCUAUUGCUGAUACCGGAACUUCUCUUCUCACCGGUCCAUCGGCUGUCAUCACAAUGAUCAAUCAUGCCAUUGGAGUAGUAGGAGACCCAAGCCAAGAGUGCAAAACUGUAAUAGGUCAAUAUGGACAAACCAUACUAGACUCCCUUGUCUCUCAGGUGGAUCCGAGGAAGGUAUGCUCACAGAUAGGACUCUGCAAUGCACAAGAUUUAGUCCCGGAGCUUCUAAACCGAACCAUGUUGUGCAGCGCCUGUGAAAUGGCAUCUGUAUGGAUGCAGAGUGAAUUGUUUCAGAAUCAAACACAAGAAAGCAUACUCACUUAUGCUGCUGAGCUUUGUGACCAUAUACUAAAUCCGAACCAACAAUCAGAAGUGGACUGUGAGAAGGUUUCAUCCAUGCCUAUAGUCACAUUCACAAUUGGUGGCAAACCCUUUGAUCUCUCACCUCAAGAUGUAACUACUUAA